CGCUAGAAACGACAAGAGCCUCGAUGCGGACGCAUUUCCGAGCACUCCGCCGUCGGAAAUUAUCUUCCAAUAUCGUCUUCUUGAGAUUUCUCUCAUUCUCUUUGCCUCACUUCGCUUGCGCUGCCGCUGACCCCUGUGCCGGAAAAAAAGAGAAAUGGCGCCGGAGCUGAUACUCGCCUCCGACGGUGGUUACGACCGGCAAGCCGAGCUGAAGUCCUUUGACGACUCGAAGGCCGGCGUCAAGGGCCUCGCCGAUGCCGGGCUGACCAAGAUACCAAGAUUCUUCGUCCACGACCACCUCGACCUCGAGCUCGACCGCGCCUCGGAGUCGCUAGGACUGAGCCCGAGCGUUCCGGUCGUGGACUUGGGAGGUGCGGGCCUGGGCUGGAGCCCCGGUGAGCGGAAGCGGACGGUCGGCCUGGUCCGGGAAGCCUGCGAGACGUGGGGGUUCUUCCAGGUGGUGAACCACGGCGUGCCGGUGGCUCUCACGGAGGAGAUGGUGGAAGGGAUCCGGAGGUUCCACGAGCAGGACCUCGAGGCGAAGCGCGAGUGGUACUCGCGGGAUUACGGCAGGAGGAAGGUGCUGUACAACAGCAACUUCGACCUGUACCGGGCCCCGGCGGCAAACUGGAGGGACACGCUGAGCUGCGUCUUGGCUCCCCGUAGUCCGGAUCCUCAGGAAUUGCCUGCUGUCUGUCGAGACGUAAUAAUUGAGUACAAGGACAGAAUUCUGGAAUUGGCAGAUACCAUAUUUGAAUUACUGUCAGAAGCUCUUGGCCUCGAGAGUAGCUACCUGAAAACUAUCCAAUGUGGGGAGGGACUCUUCUUUGUUGGCCAUUACUAUCCACCAUGCCCAGAACCGGACUUAACCCUUGGGACUGGUGAUCAUACUGAUAGUGGCUUUCUCACCAUUCUUCUCCAAGACCAAAUUGGUGGCCUCCAGGUCCACCAUCAGAACCAAUGGAUCAACGUUUCCCCAAUUCCUGGAGCCCUUGUAAUAAACUUGGGAGACUUGAUGCAGCUGAUCUCGAAUGAUAAGUUCAUUAGCGUGAGUCACAGAGUUCUAGCCCAGAAAAUCGGGCCAAGGAUUUCAGUGGCGUGUUUAAUGAGGCACAUCUCCCCAGAGAAUUCUUCAAGGUUGUAUGGCCCUAUCGAGGAGCUGCUAUCAGAAGAAAAUCCCCCAAUUUAUCGGGAAACUACGGUGAAGGACCUCGUCACUCACUACUAUGCAAAAGGACUUAAUGGUGUAUCUGCACUGGAACAUUUCAAGCUAUGAAAUAUAUUGUAUACGACAAUUCAAGGAUGUUCUCUCUUGAAUGACAGUUGGACACAUUUGAUCUGUGUAGUUUUUCAGAGCAUUAGCUCCGUGGCAAAGCAUCCGGAUGUAGUUAAAUUGAAUAGAGUAUAUGUUUGUAGUGCCUGGCAAGCUCGUGCUUAUGUAACUAUUGUGCAUUUAGAAGAGGCUUUCUGCUUUCGAAGUAAAAAUAAGAAAUUGAAUCAUGGUUAGGUUCA